AUGGACAGCGAUCGACGAUACGUUGUGUGCCCUUCCUGGCUGUGUGAAGCAUUGGAGUCAAUAGAAAAGAAGAAAAUUGCGAUGGACAUUCAAAAAAUAGAUCAGAACACAUUUUCAAAAGUAGCUGAGACUGUUUACAAUGAAAUUCCUGAGGAAAUUGCGAUGGACAUUCAAAAGAUAGAUCAGAAUACAUUUUCAAAAGUAGCUGAGAUUGUUUACAAUGGCAAAGUCCCUGAGGAAAUUGAUAUGGAUAUUCAAAAGAUAGAUCAGAACACAUUUUCAAAAGUAGCUGAGACUGUUUACAAUGUCAUUCCUGGGUAA